UCGCGAGACGCGUUGCUAUAACGACAGAUGUACACAGUUUCCACAAGAAGUAUUUCGCGAGGACGAUGUGUUAAGAACACUUCAGUGGAAAUUACAGCCUGUGUGAAGCUUACAGUCUGAUCAGAGAGCACCAUGAAUUUAAACAACUUUGUGGUACUUCCCAGCAAGCCCAAGUCAAUGAAGUUAAAUGUCAGGAAUCUCCGGGAAUUGCGUUUGGAAACAGUGCAGCUGGAUCAACAUGCCAAGGAGAUGGAGAGCAGACUGGAGGAGCUCAAACAGCGUAUGAAUCAGGAGAAAGAGGAGAGGGAGAAGAUGGGAGCUUCUCGCUGGCAUUCUGCACAGGCUCUUGGCCCUGCGUUUCAAAGAGUCAAGACGAACAAGGAAAACGCACCUCGCAGACUCUCUCCAGGCAAGAUGAAGAUUAGAGUGCUGAAGGAUGAGUCUGUGCCAGCAGUUCAGAAGCAGGUAAUAGCGGAACCAGCCAGCAAGGCACAUAGUGCUAACGGGAAGCUUAAACUGAGGGGAAAAGUCUGUGGACAGUGUGAAGUUCAACUGGCCGGACUGAUGUGUUCUGAAUGCGGAGAGGAUUAUUGUGUGGGCUGCUUCGUCAGAUUCCACCAGAAGGGGGCACUAAAGCGCCAUCGCAUGGUUCCCAUACAGGCAGAGCUCCAGACCCCCGUCAGCACUCGGGAUGUGUUGGGUCGCCUCCAGCAGCAGGUAAGCGCUGAGGAGAGUCAAAUUGAACGAGGUGCAUCCUCCAAUUCCACUGAUGAAAGAGAAGACACAGAGGAAAGAUCAACUCCUAGGCCCAUGUCUGAUAACCAAAUACACCACACACAGGUGUUGUUUGUGAAUGACGGUGUUGACCUGGAGGAUGAGGAGGCUGGUGAGGAAGAGGACAGCUCUCUGCUGAGAGGAUGCUUUGAUGAAGAAAAGUCAGCCAGGUCCUUCCAGGAGGCUCUGAAAGAGUGGAGAGAGAAAGGGCAGAGACCAGUGUCUGUGAUGGAAACACAAACAGAAAAAGGAUCCCAUCAGUCAAUUCAUGUAGAGUUCAAGGAGGACACUCUGAGCUACAUGGAGAAACUCCUCCUGAAAAAACACCGCAGAGGACAAAUCGAAGAAUUUCAGCCUCGGUCUGUCGUCCAAUUCCAGCCAGAGCCACCCACACCUUCACCUGCAGAGACGGAUGAACUGAGCCGACAACUGACAGCAGAGCGGAUAGAGUUGCACAAAUACUUGAACUCUCUCUUCGCAAUUGGUCUCGCUGAGGAUGCUAGGAAAGUGGACAGCCCUGCAGAAUCCUGUUUGAGCAUCGUAGAGUUAGAUGAGAUGGAUGGAGACUCUGUAACAUACAGGUCCUUUGAAGUCAAGCAGGGAAAUAAGAGCAAAAUGUUUGCGGCUGUUGAAAAUGAAGAUUUAUCUGGAGGAGGAGAAUUUGGAUGUUCAGUUUUGACUUCCACACCAUCGUUCUCCGCGAUGACCAAAGGAUUGUUCUGGGAAAGUAAUUCUGAGAUAAAUAUGAAUUCUUCUCAUGAGAUGUGGCCGUCGUCACAAGAGACUGAAAGAUUUACGUCAUCAUUGGAAAGAUCAGAAAGCUAUUCUCCACUUCAAAUGAUGCUUCAGAGAUCACAGCACCUUUCGACUACCUCAGAACCAUUUCUGUCGAUUUCACGAAGAGGAGGCCAGAAAGUAAAAAUGAGUGACUCUCCAAAACCAAGUCCACAGACAAGGUUUUCUACAGCACAGCAGGACAAACCCUUAGAGCUACUACCAAUGUCAUCUCCUUCACUUCCAAAAACCAAAUUGAAUCAAACUUUUUCAAACUUUGAGGACUAUAUUUCCAUUGUCAGCCCCUCUCCUCCUGGAGAACCAUCUGCCAGGUCUUCUCAAUGUCAUUCUCCUGCAUUUAUUCUCAUCCCUAAACAAAGCCCAAAACCUCCAGACUCUCCUUCCCCAAGGUCUAGACCUGUAUCCUCUCCAGUCAACCCAAUCCAAUCUAGACCUGCUCAUUCAACACCAGAUUCUGAAACGAAAUUAACUCAACUGUCUCCAGAAAGUGCCAUCACUUCCCCAAUUACUGCAAUUCCUUCAUUAAGGCAGUUACUUCGAGAAUCAUCACAGUUUGCUUUAGUCUCAGAUAGUCUAGAUAGUGGUACACCUACUAGGUGUGUCCAUGAGUCCAUCAUGUCCUCUGCACCAGGGGUUGAAUCCUUUCAUACUGAUGGGCACCAUUCAACCCUGCCCUCCAAAUGGUUAAAGGGCUCACGAAGGUCACCCAAAACUACAGUGCUCUCCCUACAGCUGAACAUGUCAGAUUCCGAAGAGGAAAUGACAUGUGAAGAUGAUUGCCUGAUGCCCAGUGAGGAAGACUCAUCUGAUGAAGAACUGAAACGAAUCAUAGUUUCAGAAGAACAAAAGAACGUUUCCAAUCCGUGUUCCACCACUACCCCUCCAACAGACCCUCAUUUCUCUUUCCCAAGCCUCUCAAAGUCAGAGCACGGCAGCACAGAGCCAGUUCUGGUUACAGGAUUUUCACAGCGAGAGCAAAUCCAGUCAGGGCAAUACCAAGACCUGGAAGGGUUCUUCACGCUGGGGCUGUACCCUGGAGUCCUGCAACACAGUCCAGCUCCAGCUCAAAACCCUACAGAAGAGCAGAACUACAUGGAGAUUUCUCUUGUUGCAGGGCAGGGGUCCUGGAGAUCCAGCAGCAGUCUCCAGCAUCACGCAGAUGAGGGGCUAGUCACUGCGCUGGUGAACGGUGGACCCAUCAGUAGCACGCCUCGUGGAUUCACACCAUGCCAUGGCAGAAUGUCAUCACAGAGGCUGUGCUUCUCAGGCACCAAAAGCAGAUGUUCUCCCAUCUCUUUUCGGCCCCCGAGCAUCGAGCCUAGUCGGCCUGGCUCGUCAAACCGCCCACUGUCUCGUGUCGCCCAGGAGAUCAGGGAGGUCCAGACUGUGGAGCACCUCGAUCUCCAGGACUCUGAUGAGGAUGAGGAGGAUUGCCUGGCUCUGGCCUGCCUUGAAGAAGAGUUCAGAAAUAUGAGCACUACACCAUUAGAUCAGGGUGAGGAGACUUAGUGACUAAGACUUGUCUGGACUGCAGUUACUCAAAUUAAGGAUUUUGAUUAUUUA